GGUGUUGCUGUUGUUGCUGGCGCGGGGCCACCGGGGCCCGAGCCGGACCGCACCACGAGGAUUCACGACGACGAGGAGGAGGAUAUCACCGAGAGGGAGGACGAGGAGGAGGACGAGGAUCCGUGCAGCUCGCCGGAGCCCGAUCUUGAAAACGAGUCCGAACCAAUGGAGAUCCAGGCGUCGGCUGUCACCGCGGCAGCCGCGAACCUUCACGCGCUACGCCAACACGUAUUCAAGAUGUCGGACUACUGGCAGCAGCCGCAGCGGGGUCCACCCCAACAUUCGCCGGGGAUACAGCACAGUCCUAUCUCCAAUUCGACGCAACAGCAGCAGCAGCACCAGCAGCAGCAGCAGCAGCAGGUACAGCAGAUGCACAGUCCGUUGGGUCAGCAGCAGCAGCAACAACAGCAGCAGCAGCAGCAGCAACAGCAAAGCGCGGUGUCGCAGGUGCAGCAGAACGCGAACGCGAGUCUCGGGCAAACCGCGAGUCCGCAGAUGCAACAGCAGCACGCCAUGUCGAUGAACCAGACGAAUCAAGGGCCGCAGCAUCAGUCUUCCCCGGCACCGACCACGCCGUCGCCGCAGGCGGAUCACCAAGGUGCCAUCGCCUCCAGCAUGGCCCAGAGCCUGCACAGCCUGGCGCAAGCACAGCAGACCAUGUCGCAAGCGUCCAGCCCGUCGCUGGCGGUGCAGGCUGUCCAAGCGGCCCAGGCCCUCAAUCAGAACCUGGGCCAGGCGCUGACCCAGGCGCUGACGCAGAACAUGCAGCAGAACCUCGGCCAGACCCUGCAGCACAAUCUGGCGCAGAGCCUCACGCCGAAUCUGUCGCCGCAGCAACAGCAGCAGCUGCUCAACCAGCCGCAGAACCUCAGCCAAGCGAGCCAGAGCCUGCAGCAGAACAUCCAGAGCCAGGCUCAGAACCUCUCGCAGACGUUGCAGCAACAGGCGCAGAACCUCACGCAGAAUCUCGGCCAGGCGCUGAACCAGCAGGCGCUGCAGCAGCAGGCGCAGAAUCUCACGCAGAAUCUGCAGCAGCAGGCGCAGAACCUCACGCAGAACCUGCAGCAGCAGGCGCUCAACAUGGCCGGCACCAUCGCGCAGAACGGCGGCCUCGCCGGCAUGAACAUGUCGGCCAAUCAGCAACAGAAUUCCCAGAACUCGAUGCUGAGCCCAGGCGCGACCAGUCAGGACUCCCACGACGCCACGCUCACGGAAAAGCUCGUCAACGAGUUACAGUCUCGUGCCUCUGCGGCGGGGCUUGGAGGUGCAGUAGGUGCCGGCGGUGGUGGAGGAAUGGGCAACAUCAGCGAACGCACCCUCGAGGAAUGCUGGUCCACCCUGCAGCGAAUCUUCAUGCACAAGAGCGCGAUGCAGAUGCACGCGAGGGAGCUGGGCGCGGGUGCACUGACGGCGAGACCCGGCAGCGUCCCGGGCGGCCUGGCCGGCUUAGGCGUCGGUGUCGGCGUCGGCGUCGGACCGGGUGGCAUGAUCGCCAGCAACGAGGUCAAGCCGCACCAGUGCCAGCAGUGCCUCAAGUCGUUCUCCAGCAACCACCAGCUCGUGCAGCACAUCAGGGUCCACACUGGCGAGAAGCCGUACAAGUGCAGCUACUGCGACCGCAGGUUCAAGCAGCUGAGCCACGUGCAGCAGCACACACGACUGCAUACGGGUGAACGACCGUACAAGUGCCAUUUACCGGACUGCGGGCGGGCCUUCAUCCAACUGUCGAAUUUGCAGCAACACCUGAGAAAUCACGACGCUCAGGUGGAGCGGGCGAAGAACCGGCCGUUCCACUGCAACAUCUGCGGCAAGGGCUUCGCCACGGAGUCCAGCCUCCGUACCCACACGUCGAAGUGUUCGAAGUACCCAUGGCAACGAUUAAAGGAGUUGCAACAGCGUGUUGUGUUCCAGCAACACGCCGCCCUGAUCGGCGGCCCGAACGCAACCAGCUGUCCAGUAUGCCACAAGCUCUUCCUCGGCGGUGAGGCGCUGAUGGAGCACAUGAAGCACACCCACAAGGACCCGAACGCCUCCGGAGUUGCCAUUCCCUCCGCUGACUGCACAACCUCCGUUGCCGGGGUUUACCUAGCGAAGCGACGGACAGCCAACCAUCCGUGCCCAGUGUGCGGGAAGCACUACGUCAACGAGGGUAGCCUUAGGAAGCAUCUGGCCUGCCAUCCUGAGACCAGUCAACUUAGCACAAGCCUCAGGAUGUGGCCGUGCUCGGUGUGCCAAGCCGUCUUCACUCACGAGAGCGGUCUACUGAGCCACAUGGAGCACAUGAGGAUGGACCCGAAGCAUCAGUUCGCGGCGCAGUACGUGCUGAGCCGCGCGGCCGCCGAGAGGCGGGAAAGGGAGAUCCUCGCGAGUUCGAGUUUAGGAGCGGGUUUGGGUGUAUUGGGAAGUCAGUCCGGAGGACCGCAAAAUUUGCAACAACCGCCUAUGUGCCCGUCACCGUCGGCCCAUUCGGACAGCAGCAGCGGCAACGGAAGACUCUCGUCGGCCGGUAGUGAACCUGAUUUUUGCGCAGGCACCGGUCUACUGAACAACAACAACAACAACAACAACAACAAUAUGGCGUCGCCGGGGCCGAGCAGCAACAAGCUCAGCGAGAUGCUGCGGGCGGGAAGCCAACCGGGCGCGGCGCAGCAGUACCACGACGAGAUGCAGUCGCAGCAGCAACGCAUGGCUGUCAUGGCCGCCGCGGUGUCGGCAGGACUACAAAAUUCCGUGUCGCCUAAUCUAUCGCCGGUCGACAUGGCGUCGCUCGCGGCGGCUAUGAGGAUGGGCAAUAACGGUGACAUGAGUGGCGGUACUCAAGGAUCGACGGGACCCCAACAGCAAGGAGUGCAAGCGAGCGGACCGGAGCAGGCUCUGAGGAUGCAUCAGGCGGAAGCUCUGCUCCGUUCCCAGGCCGAGGCCGCCCUAAGACUCGCGGUGUCUCAAGCGGCGGCAGCCGCGGCGAGUUCCGCGGUGGGCGGCGACGUGAGGCAUCAUCUGGGACAGCAUAACGGAGGCAGCACCUCCGGCAUGCCGGGACACCAUACGAAUCAACAAAUGUCCCAACAAGACACCCUAUCGCCGGAUCUCGGAGAAGCGCUACGGCUGCAGGAGCAGCGAUUAGAGCAGGCCCUCAGGCUGCACGGCGACCCGCGCGCACUGAGCUUCACUCUCCAGCACGUCGUCAACCAGCAGAGCAAUCAGCAACCAUGAAAGUUCAGUUACU